AUGUUCAAAAAGAUCAGCGGUCUGCGGAAGAAGACGACUGAUGCCGAUGGGCGUAGUCUGGCUGCCGACGACGACAAUGCAUCCGUGAUCUCUGGGGCUGAAUCCAGAAACUCCCUUGCAAUCACGCCGACAUUCGGGGUACCGGAUCGACGGCGUGAUCCAUCUCCGUCUGGACUGGUUGCUGAAUCAGGGCCUCUUGGUCUUAAUGUUGUUUACACACCUGACAACGGUCGCAAGGUCGACAUUGUUUUCAUUCAUGGGCUUGGCGGCACCAGCAGGUGGACAUGGUCAAAGCACAAAAACGCGGAGUUGUUUUGGCCGCUGACCUUCCUGCCCUUGGAACAAGACCUCUGCCUAGCUAGGAUAUUGACAUUUGGGUACAAUGCGGCUUUCCAGAAGGCCGGCAAUGUUUCAUUGUCGCUACUUGAUUUUGCGAAGGAUCUGUUAUUCGAUCUGAAAUACGGCAAGGACCCAGACAUGGAUGAGCUGGAUAUGGGCAAGGUGCCCAUAAUCUUUGUGGUCCACAGCAUGGGGGGACUCAUAGUCAAGGAGGUGGGUGUAAACUCGAUUCCGGGCUUGACUGGGCUGACAGCUGCCAUCACGUUCCUCGCAACACCGCAUCGAGGGACAGCGCUAGCACAGACCUUGAACCGUAUACUGGACUCCGUUAUGAUCAACUCAAAGCAAUAUGUUGCCGAACUAGCACGAAACUCGCUCACGCUCCAGAAAUUGAAUGAGCAAUUUCGGCACGUCGCUCCGCGACUAGAUAUUGUCUCAUUUUAUGAGACGAUGCCUACUCGAAUCAAAAGUGCCCGCGUUAUGGUAUUGGAAAAGGAGUCCUCGGUUCUAGGGUACCCUGGAGAAGUGUCCAAAGCGCUGAUUGCGGAUCACCAUGGUGUCUGCAAAUACGAGGGACCGCAGGACCCAAAUUAUAUAACAAUAAGAAAUGUCCUCAAGUCCCUUGUCAGCAAGAUCAUUACAAAAGACAACGGCAAACAGCCAGAGCUUUCGGAUCGAAGAGCAGCUCUCGACUUGAAAUCUAUGCUCGCCCUCUCCGAACUUCCUGGACUGGAUUAUAUAUUUUUCCGAGAUCAAUGGACAGAAGAUACGAACAACUGGAUUAACAACGACAAGACCUUGCUUCAAUGGCGUGAUUCAGUCGAUGAUCUGAGCCUGCUGUGGUUAAAUGGCGGUGCGGCCACCGGCAAAUCCAUCCUCGUUUCAACGAUCAUCAACAACCUAGUUCAAGAAGGUCUCCAGUGUCAAUACUUCUUCAUACGACAUGGAGAUCGCAAGAAAAGAUCAUUGAGUUUCUUGCUUCGUUCGCUGGCCUUUCAAAUCGGGCAGUCCGUGCCAGGCCUUGCUCAGCAAUUGAACGAGCUAAAAGAGGAAGGCAUCGACUUUGAGACAGUGGAUCCCAAGGUUAUUUGGGACCGUGUAUUCAAAUCUGUGAUCUUCAGAUCUGCAGGGGAACAACCAUUCUAUUGGGUCAUUGAUGGCUUAGACGAAGCAGAGUCCCCUCGCAACACUAUCAAAUUGCUUCUGGAUGUAACAUCGUCGUCGCCUAUUCGUAUUUUGUUCGCAAGCCGGCGGACCCCGGAAAUUACGAACGCAUUCGAAAAACGUCAUGCGAAUGUCAGCCUGCAGACUAUUGACAUUGAUGAACAUCCCGAAGACAUUGGUAUCCAUGUUCGCCAGGAACUCAAGGUGGCGGGUGGUUUGCAACUAAGAGAGACGAUCGAGCAAAAGAUUGUGGAAAAGUCUCAGAAAAACUUCCUGUGGGCACGUCUGGCUGUCGAAAAUGUGAACCAAUGUCACACGCUCGAAGAUAUCGACUCCGCACUUGAGCAACUUCCAGAAGGCAUGGAGGCAUUAUACGAUCGAAUGGCUUCGUCUGUCAACGACAUUUCGAAUCCGCGUGAUAAGUUGCUGGCAACGAAAAUACUACAAUGCUUGACUUGCUCACUCCGUGUGCUGUCCGUGUCUGAAAUGACACAAGCACUCGGUGAGACCGCUUCGGGUAUAUUGGACCUCCCACACGCCAUCAAAGACUUGUGUGGAGGCUUCGCUUCUGUGGACAACGAUGGCAACGUCUCUAUCAUCCAUCAGUCUGCUCGUGAAUACUUACUAGAAGAUUCAGACCAGCGGAUAUUCAGUCUCGAUGAAAAGACCGCCCACAAGGACUUGUUUUUGAGUUCGUUGCGAUGUCUUACGUCGACCGGGCUGAGGACAAAGCUGGCUCGCGAUCAAGCGCCCGAAUUCGUGAAAUACGCUGCAGCUUCCUGGUCGACUCACCUCCUGCAUAUUAUAACUCUUGAUGACGAGGUUAUCAAAGCUCUGAAAAGGUUCUUGACAGGAAGCUGGAUGCUCACUUGGAUCCAUGCCUUGGCGACCACGGGACAGCUGCGCAUCCUUGCUCAAACAUCUAAAGACCUCUACAAACUUUGCCGCAACGACAGGAGUACUCAUUCAGUACUAGAGAGUCUCGAUCAGGAAUUGGUAUCAAGUUGGUCUGUAGAUCUGCUCAGGAUUAUGGGCAGAUUUGGCAGUCUACUGCGUCGAAACCCAGACUCGAUCUACAGCUCGAUCCCUCCUUUCUGUCCCAAAGGAUCAUCGGUCCACCAGCUUUUUGGCAAGACGGACGCUCUGUCAGUGAAUGGUAUUUCAAACGAGAAAUGGGAUGACCUCUUCGCGCGCAUUUCUAUUGGAAAAUCGUUCGCCUCAUCGAUCCAGGUCGCUGGAUCCCAAGUAGCAGUUCUUGCCGCUCCUGGGAACGUUCACAUUUACGAAUCGACCGAUUUUCGAGAAGCCAAGAGUAGCCCUAUACAGCAUGGCGAGCGCGUAGACAGAGUACAGCUGAACAAGGCUGGAUCGUUGCUAGCAUCUUACGGCUAUCGCACGACCAAAGUCUGGAGAGUAUCCUCGGGCGAGUGUAUACUGACGGUCGAUAGCGUUGAGUCAAAGACAAGGCCUUUGGCGAUGCUAUUUACGAAUGAUGAUUCCACGCUCUUAGUUGGCUCUGAUGAUCGUCGCGUCCGGUCUCUGAAUCUUGUCGAGAAAGAGUCAGCAUGGGACGUCAUUGCGGACAUGGAAGAGGCCGGACUUGAGAAGCACUUUACCAACUCCGCGAGUCACAUGGCUUUCAGUCCAGAUGGUAGCAUGAUUGCGGUUGGCUACCGUCGUCACCCUGCUUCAGCUUGGGAGCUAGAAGGAUCCACUCAUAUUGGCUACUGCCGGCGUGAGGAUGACGUAUCCAUGGUUCGUGAACUCCGAGAUCUUGUUUGGCAUCCCUACCAGCCUGAGAUACUAGGGCUUAGCGUGGAAGGGGUUGUGUCUAGAUGGUCUCCCUACGAAGAUCGUGUCGAUGAGCUUUCCGCUGGAGCGAGCAAGCUGGCCAUUAGCAACGAUGGUGAGCUGUUCGUCACGGGUGAUUCACACGGAAGGGUAAGACUAUACACGACGGCUAGCUUUUCCCUCCUACACCAGCUAUCCUCCCAAGACGCUAUCUUCGGCUUGGCUUUCAGUCCCGACUCCAAGCGCUUCUAUGAUAUCAGGGGCUAUCAUGCAAACGCAUGGGAGCCGAAUGCCUUGGCGAGGUAUGCAGAGAGCUCCGGCGUGGAUGUGGACUCAAUCAGCGAGUAUUCCAUGUCGCAUGUGUCCCAGAGGUCGGCUAGCGCAUCUGCAGCAGUAGACCCCAUUACUGCAAUCGCUGGAUCUCCAAUUGGCCAACUCUACUGUUAUGGCACUCAGACGGGUGUGGUCAAUUUGCACGACACAAAGAAUGGCAAAAUCGCCACGCUUUAUGCUUCGCGAGCCAAGUUUGCGAUAGAUCACAUCGCCUGGAGCCACGAUGGAGAGCACAUCUGCUGCUCCGACUUCAGCAAACAACUAAUAGUUUUUGCUGCAUCUAGCAGCACUGGAGACUUAAAGCCGAAUUACGACCAAAAGGCACUCAUACCGAUAAGAAAAAUCACGAAGAGUCCUAUCAUCCAACUACUAUUCCAUCGCACUACAAGUCAUCUCCUCGUGUACACCGCGUUACAAGUACACACGGUAUCCUUAACGUCAUACGCGGUAGAAUCUUCCAAACAAUUGGACUGUCCUAUUUCAUGCUGGGCUGCUCACCCUUCAGACGCCUCACUUCUUGUCGGCUUUGGAGCGCUCAAGGUUAUGAUAUUGGACUGGAGCCUGGAAGAGAAACGGGUAUUCACCAUCGAAUGGCCACAUAAUCCUGGCACCGAGAAAUCACAGACCAGUCAGGAUCUGCAGGUCGACCGAGUGCUUGCUUCUCAAGAUCAGAAACACAUUUUACUCCAGGUUUCUAAUCUCGGGAGGUCUUCCCGGGACAGUGAACUCCUCUUCCUCGAAGCCGCGAGUCUUUCGGCAUCGAAGUGGUCAGAGGACCAUGCAGAGACUACGUCACCGACAGUCUGCCUCCGUCGAUUUUCAUCGGAGCUAUUUCAUGGCAUUUUACUUCCACUUGGUCUCGUAUGGGGAGGUAGAUUGAUUUACAUAUCUCGGGACUUCGCCGUCUGCUCGACACAACUCAAGUGGACCUCUAAGCCGAUGCCUUCUUCCAACAUCGCGCAAGCCAGGAACCAGAGGAAUUUGAGGCAGAGAUCAGUUGAUAAAGCGACAACAAUGAAUCCUGCAAUUAACGUGAACGCCCAGCCGAUGCCCAUUGACCGAAACAUGUCCUCCAAGAAUGCCACUAUCACUGCUGCGAAUGCAUAUCUCACUAAACUUGUGGACGCGUUGGCAGCUGCAGGGGCCCGGUGA